AUGGCUUCUUCAACCAUAGCCUGCAACUUCCACUUCACCCCUUUUUCCUUAUCUUUCUCACACCCUCUACUUUGCGCCUACAAUGGCCUUUCACUUCACUCUUCAACCUCCACUUUCAGAGUUUUUGCCAAGUUUGAGAAGUUCCCAACCGAAUCCCCGGAGCCCGACCCACCAUCCACAUUAGAAGAAAAUACCGAAGCUUCUGUUAAGGAUGAUGAGGAAGAUGACAGUUGCUUGCCUUCAGACUUGGAUGGGGCAGUGAGGCAAUCUAGUGAGGCCACGGCCAUAUUUGUAUCUUCAGGAGGGAUGAGAGCCACAGUUGAACUUUUAAUCCCCCAACUGCAAUUUUUAGAUGACGAAAGUGCGCAGGUUGAACUCUGGGAAUUGUCAAGGAUUUUUUUGGAUACACUCAUUGAAAAAACAAAAUCCAAGGUUAGUGGGAUGUAUUAUGGUGGUUAUAAACUUAUAGCAUAUGAAAUUUUUGAAGGAAUAUUUGAAUUUGAAAUAAUUCCUAUUCCCUCAGUCUUGGUUAUCCGGAGGAUGCACAAAAGGGAUGGUUGUGCAAUGAUUACCGACUUUUCUCCACAUGAUAUAAGUAUCCGCAAACUAGAUGCUCAUGUUAUGAAUACUGAAUUUCCUGAAUUCGCUAAGAGGGUUAAAGCCAUAUUUCCAGAUGCUGGUGCGGCAGCCCUUCUGAAGUAUAGGUGGAAAGAUGCUAUAUUUAGAUUUGCAAGCCACAUCGCUGCCAUUCAGCACCUUGCAUUUAGUUUAGAAAUUGCCAGGUACGUUUACCGUGGAAAGUGUUCGGUGAUGACGAGGAUAGGCCAAAUAGAUAUUUGCUUGCCCAAGGAAUUCGAGAGUCGUGAUGCUGAUGACAUUGAGAUUCUAUUUGCUGAUGAAGAACAGAAGCCAGAGCAAGGGCAAGGUUUUCUAGACAAAGCUGCGGGCAUAUUCUCUUCGAUUAGCCGGAUGAUGAAGUCUAUAUGA